UUGAAGAAAGCGCACCAAGAGAUGCUAUUUUAAAAAUAUCUAUUGCAGUGUAAAAGUUCUUGUAUUGUAGUCGCUGAAGUGCUUAAGAUGUCCCCCAGUAUUAAUGCACUAUCGUGUAUCUACUGGAUGUCUAAGCUAAGUUGGCUGCUGGUAUUCAUGUUGGUUUUCUUGCAUAGCGCCACACACGGAUUACCAGGUUUUAAGCUUUCGGAUUGUAUCCUCAGCAAUUCAGAGGAUCCCAAUGAUUGUAAAGUUGGCUUUUUUAAUAUAAAUAUGAACAAAACGAAUUGCCCACCUCGCUUAACCUGUUACCGUAAUAUUACUGAGCCUUGUCAUAUGUAUGGUGGUGGUAACAGUAAUUGCUUGUCACCUUAUGUUUGUGCUUGCCAUAAAUGUCGUGAAGUGUUGACCUUAUGCAACGAAAAUGUGGAAUCGCCAUUAAAUUUGCCAAAGCGUAUGAAACCAAUAUAUCCGGAAUAUUUCUAUUAAGUUGUCAUUAUCAUUUUUAUUGCUGGGACCCCAAAAUUACUUUGAAGGACGAACAAGGAACUAUGUAAAGGACUAACGCGUAAAACUUGAGGAAUAACUUUUAAAACUCUAAAGUACAUUUACCUAAAUAGUAUAUUAAAAGACACAUACUCGGUAUUAUGAAUGUUGAUAACCAUUAUUAUUUAAAUAGUCUUAGUUAAAAUACAUAUAUGAUGCUCUGAGUCGUUGAUAAUAUAAAUGUAAGUAUUAAAUACAUUAAUCAAAUAAAUGUUAUAUAGAU